AUGGGCAACGACAAUGCUGUUUCGCCCUCCUCGGGCCUGCCAGUAAGCUCAUUGGGCGGCAUAUCAGCUGCGGUAUCCAAAACCGCGGCAGCUCCCAUCGAACGAAUCAAGCUCCUUCUGCAGAACCAGGACGAGAUGAUCAAAGCCGGCCGCCUCAGCCGCAAGUACGACGGCAUCCUCGACUGCUUCACCCGCACCGUUAAAGCCGAAGGCGUCCUGGCGCUCUGGAGGAGCAACGGCGUCAAUGUUAUCCGCUACUUCCCGACCCAGGCGCUCAACUUUGCGUUCCGCGACACGUUCAAGAGCAUGUUCGCCUUCAAGAAGGACCGGGACGGAUACCUCAAGUGGAUGGCAGGCAACCUGGCGUCUGGCGGGCUCGCCGGCGCGACGUCCCUGCUCUUCGUCUACUCGCUCGACUACGCCCGGACGCGCCUGGCCAACGACGCCAAAGCCGCCAAGGGCACCGGAGAACGCCAAUUUACCGGCCUCGUCGACGUCUACAAGAAGACGCUCGCCACGGACGGCAUCACCGGCCUCUAUCGCGGCUUCGGUCCGUCGGUCCUCGGCAUCGUGGCCUACCGCGGGCUGUACUUCGGCAUGUACGACUCCCUCAAGCCGGUGUUGCUCGUGGGGUCCCUGGACAACAGCUUUGUGGCGUCCUUCCUCCUCGGCUGGGGUGUCACCGUCGGUGCCGGCAUCGCAUCGUACCCGGUCGAUACUGUUCGUCGCCGGAUGAUGAUGACUUCCGGAGAGGCUGUCAAGUACAAGUCUUCGCUCGAUGCUGCCCGCCAGAUUGCCGCGACGGAGGGUUACCGUUCCUUCUUCAAGGGUACCGGUGCCAAUGUGCUCCGUGGUGUUGCCGGCGCAGGCGUGCUGUCCAUCUACGAUCAAGUUCAGCUGCUCCUAUUUGGAAAGAAGUUCAAGGGUGGAUCUGGAUGA